UGUAUAAUUUUUAUUACAUUCAGCAGUAUUGGAACAAUGUAUCUGCAACAUUUUACAAAACUUGUUAAACCAUCAAAACCUAUAUUGGAAUUUCUCUUCAGAAGAAUGUCUUGGCUUAAGAAGGAGCUUCCAAUCUUAACACUGUUUACUAAGGAUUCUUGCACUCUUUGUGAAGAAGCCAAAAAGGUUUUGGAGCCAUACCGACACAGGUUCAUCCUGCAGGAGGUGGACAUCACCGAUCCAGAGAAUUGUGUCUGGUUUGAGAGGUACAAGUAUGACAUUCCAGUUUUCCACAUGAAUGGACAGUUUCUGAUGAUGCAUCAAGUCAACUUGAAAAUCCUGGAGAAACAGCUGGCCAAACUGGAACAGGAUGGAAACAAAAUUUGAUAAAGGUGGAUCUAUCCCCUGGCAAGAUGGUUGGUUACCGGGAUAUGCUGAUUCAAGAAUACAGGUGAUGCGUGAACGUGGAAAGGAUGUUUCCAGUGGUGGGAGAAUCUCGAGGCCAAGGGCACAGCAUCAGAAUAAAAGGACGUACCUUAAGAAAGGAGAUGAGGAGGAAUUUCUUUAUCCAGAGGGUAGUCAAUCUGUGGAAUUCAUUGCCACAGAUGGCUGUGGAGUCCAAGACAUUGGGUACGUUUAAAGACGUUGUAAAUACUUUGAAGCAGUUCAGACACUUUGAAGCCUUCUACUUUGUCAGUUUUUGUAUUACUUUUUCUGCACCUCAUGACAUUUACAAUGCUGCGUUCAAAUAGCUAAUAACUUUAUAAUGAUAACACUUUAUCUCCUCCAACAAGAACUACCCCAGCUUGAAAGAGAGGUGCGAUCAAUGAAAUAACUUGGAACAAAGACUGUGCAAGGGAGAUGAUUGUAAGCGGUUUCUAUGCAGUAUAAUAAAUGCAUGUAAUGACAUACAUCCAGAUGCCUAAAGGUGGGGCUACUUUAUCGAGAAGGCAUGCAGUACCAGUAGCCAUCUCCUGGCUGCGCUGUUGAACACAAGACCCGCUGUAACUCAGAGGAUCAGACUAGCGUCUGUAAAUGAUGUUUCUAGCCUGGACCCUUCUUCAGACUGACCAUAUGGGGGCGGAUGGGGAGAGUGUGCUGGAAAACAUAGAGACGUAGAAAAUAGGUGCAGGUGUAGGCCAUUCGGCCCUUUGAGCCAUUAAAUAUGAUCAUGGCUGACCAUCCAAAAUCAGUACCCCAUUCCUGCUUUCUCCCCGUAUCCCUUGAUUCCGUUAGCCGGAAGAGCCCUAUCUAACUCUAAAUAGCUAGAUGCAAGACAAAGCCUAGCAAGUGAUACAAAGCGCUGGAGUAACUCAGCGGGCCCACCUUCAGACCUAAGUGUCCUGACCCAAAACAUCACCUAUCCAGGUUCCCCAAAGAUAUUAUUUCAGCUCAACACUUAAGGGCCUGUCCCAUUGACACGACUUUACAGCGACUGUCUUCGACCUUCAAGCUCGAGGGCACUCGCCUGGAAAACCUCGAGCUGGAUCGACCGUCAGCCAUGAAACUGCGAGCUGGAUCGACCGACCGCACACACACACGCAGUUUCGCGGGCAUUUAAAUUUCUGGUCGGUUUUUCUUGGUCCUGAAAACUCCAAUGAGCCAAUUAAAAUGCCCGGUCAGCGAAGGAGAUUGCCUACGGCUGCCCUCGACAGCCAAUAACUAACUACAUAGCGACUCCACUACACUACGAGUUCAAAAGAACCAUGCCAACCAAUUUUUACCAAACGGAGGCCGCGAGUAUGCGGGAACUUCCCUCGAGCAUGAAGGAGAGUUCCAGUGUCCUCAUAGUAGCAAUGUUACAAAAUUUUGAGAAUUUAAAAAUCAAGUCUGCAAUUUAUCCCAUCAGAUAAAGCAUAAAAAGAAGUUUAAUUUGACACCUAAUUCAUUUUCAUAUCUGCAGUAUUAAAAAAGUUAUGGGCAAUGUCAUACUCGGAAAUUAGCAUCUUGUUCCCUAUUGCUUUUCCAUUGACUUAACACAAAAGAUGUGAUCGAGGACAGUCAAAAGCCCAUAAGUUUCUUAAAAAUUAAGAGAACUAAAAGAAAUUUUCAGUUAUUAUAGAUUGAAGCAUUCUGAAACAAAUAUGAAACAAUCUUACUUGGAUGACCUGAAAUUAAAGCAUAUAAUUAGUUAGUUACCUAAUUGUAGCUAAUUACAAAAUUCAAUCACUAGAUCUAAACAUCUAUCCAUUUCUUAAGAAAAGGUUAACAUUUUUAAAUAGCCGGUGUCCAAAUAACAUUCACACAAGAAUUCACAAUAUAACAUGAUUUUAAAAUCUCAUUGUCAUGAAUUUAUUGGCCAAAUGGAAGGAAUUUAAUGUUUAAUUCUCGUAAAAUAAUGGGCUUUUAAAUUAGCUUGCGAGUGGGUGUUUGUGGAACGCGAUUGAUUGGAACGUUGCAGUUGCAGUGAAUUUGAACCCCAUAUCGGCAGGAAAAACACUGCCAUAUGGGACUAAAAUCACAUUUUCGCCAAGGAAAUUUUGAUUAAAGUCAUCCUAAGAAGCAAGUUUAUAUGUAAAAUAGACGACUUACCGUGUU